UAAUAAACACACGUCCAAUAUUAGUGCAUGGGAAAUUGAGUUGAGUUUUGUUUGGAACAAAAUAGGACAGGGAUUUGAAAACAAUUUGUAAGUUAUUCCACUGGAUUGAUUAAACCAAAACGUAUCAAAAUUUCUCUAAACCCCGACACCGUUUCCUAGACGAGUCUUAAAUCAUCAAUAGUAAACUAUCAUAGGUCUAAAAUACUGUAUAACGUGUGUACAAAUAAUUCAGAAAUACCAAUCUAGUCGAAUCUUUUUAAAAUUUCUUUCAUAAAUGAUUAAUAUAAAAAUGACCUUUUAAUGCUUUGUUGUAGGGUUCUGUUUUAAAAACCGGAAUUUAGAUAUUUUUCGGAAGCCUCUACGGCGCAGAUUUAAAUUUCCCUUAAUUACACAUCUGAGUAAAAAUGAAAACUUACAAAAUAGAAAGAGACCUUCCUGCAGAGUUGAUUAGCUGCCUAAGCCACAGGGUAUAUAUGGAUGGGUAAUAUAAGCUAUAAUAUUUUGGUUUAAAAAAUCUAAUGUUUCUGAAUUUUCUCUUUGUCUCUAAGUAGGGGGUCAAUCAUUUUUAAGUACGCUAAAACAAAUAUGAGAAAUGUUAGACAUAGAAUGUCACUGAGAUAAAUUGCUAAUGUCAAGCGUGUGGUAGAAAUGCAAGAAAAACAGGUAAUUGUUAGCAGGUUGACAUAGGGAUUUAGAAUUAAUUGAAAAGUUUUUUUUUAAUUUUCUUUGUUGAAAUACAAUUAAGUAACAUUUGAAAAAUACACCAGACGGCGAGUGAAAGCCUUUAUUAAUGCCAUUACUAACUAUAGACAUUUGUUGUUAAAAUAAUAUCUUUGUUUUUUUCUUGACUGUUGCAACCAUUUGGGGCGAGCGGAGAAAUCACUCAAUAACCAAUUCAAUCUUUGUAAUUCUAUAAUUUUAUUUUCCAAAAAUAGUACUUAAUACUUUCCCCCAAUAUCCCCAGUGAUGAAGAAACUAUCCUAUUUACUUAGCCAAGCAAUGAAACGUUAAUCACUCUCGUCAAAUUAGCAAUUAAGGCCGACACGCCCAACAGCUCAAGUUUUUUCCUUCCUCUUAAUCUUAAUCUAAUAAAGUUUUAACUCCUACGCUUGUAAACACCUGCUACGGCUAGUGCUAUUUGAUAUCUACACGCACUUGUUUGUCUCCCAACAGUCUUCGCGACUCGACAAUCCCCUCAAGUCAAUCAUACGUUUCGAGCACACAGCCAGCUCAUCUAAUCGGGCACAUUAUAGCAGCACAAUGGUGCUGCUAUAAUGGGGAUUGUCUAGUGGAGUCAUUAAUUAUGCCAAUGGCUGAUUCUGCUCGUCUCAGUUGUCGUGGGCGAAAGGUUUCGAGAAAGUUCGGUCUUGGAGGCAAGCUACUGUCUACUGUUAAGCGAGCCAUCAAGGAAGUUUAGCACUCAUGAAUAUUCAUAAUGCUGAGAGUGUCAGCUUGGAGAAAUUGAAAGGUUGUUUCGUGCGUCAACUGGCAUAACAUGGCAUCGUUUUUGAGUAGUACGUUAGACUAAGAAAUUGUACUACGCGACCUUAAUCUAUUAGACUGGGACGUCAAACCGAGAUCUCAAGGCAAAAAUAUAGCAUCAAGCUGAGUAAACGAUAAAAACAGGACGGACGCUGAGCAUUUGUCAACUUCAUCGCGAAAUUUAUGAAGACGGUAUGGAUUCCUUGCGCUAAUUUAAUUUUUUUUCGGGACGCGCAAUGGUCUUCUACGCGAGGAUUAAACUCGCUUUGGUUUAUUAAAAUUUUGAGCUAGGAGCUAACUUGUCUUUCUGAGUGCUCCUCAACCUCGCUAGGAAACCAAAGGACUCGAAGCACUUCAUACCGAGUGAAAACUCUUAAACGGCAACAGCAAACUUUGCAAGAGUUCUGAUUGAAACAGAAAGUUCUAUUGGAGGGAAAUCCGCGUGCUCUCCUGUUUGCUGCGACGUCGUGUGCGCCAAAUAAUCAUGGAUCAGUGGUCAAACCGCACGAACGAGACACUAAUGGGUCACGAAGAGCAAGUCUUCGAGUUUAUUCCCUGGGCAUUUUUCAACUCAUUGAUUAUUGUUUGCGGAGCGUUGGGGAAUAUCCUGGUGAUCAUGGCGUAUAGAAACCCGAGGAUGAAAUCAGUUACAAACCUCUUUAUAGCGAACCUAGCAUUCGCUGACCUUAACGUUGUGCUUAUAAAUGUCCCUUUCAAUGUGCUUAAACUGAAGUUAGAGAACUGGCCGUUCGGGCUGGUCAUCUGUAAGAUUGUCACCUCGCUACUGGGUAUUACCCUUAGCGCGAGUGUUGGUUCUCUUAUUGUCAUCGCGGUGGACAGAUACCGGGCAAUAGUGCAUCCCCUUAAGCCUCGAAUGCGCACUCGACACGCAGUUUACAUACUCAUCGGGAUCUGGAUUGCGGCGAUUCUGGUGGCGACACCAAUGCUUAAGUUCUCGGAGGUGAGAGAGGGAGAAGGUUGUAUUGAACCGUGGCCUAAGAGCGACUUCCCCUGGCACCUCGCCUACUUUGCCUUUGUAUUCUUUUCGCUGUAUCUUAUUCCUCUUGGAAGUAUGAGCGUGCUGUACUUCAUGAUCUACUACAAUCUUACCAAGAACAAGCCGGUGCAAAAGAGUGCCCAGCGGUCGCGUGUUAGCGUAAUACGAAUGCUCAUAAUGGUGGUGAUUAUCUUUGCUGUGUGUUGGCUUCCCUUCCACGUGAUCUUUUUGUACAUUGAGAUUGUUGGUCCUGAGAACAUCACUGCAAAAAUCACAUACGCUGCCCUCUUCAGUCUUUGGUUAAACACUGCGAAUAGCUCAUUCAACCCUAUAAUAUACGCCGUCUUCAAUCUCAACUACCGUCGAGAAUUUGCGCGAAUCCUGACUUGCGGCGCGGUGAAUGUCGGGAAAUAUCUCGGCUGCGAUAUGUCGGUUAAUGGCCAGCGGUCUCCUUUGAGUCAAUCGACAGUCCGUAAAUCAACGUCACAGUUUCUAGCAGUGGCAAAGCACGUGCGCCGCAAGGCUCGGUCAGCGGGUGACGGCGAGGUCUCUAGCCACUUUCUGUCUUAUGUGCAUCCGAGAGAACUGAAUGGGAACUCUUACGGGGUGGUACCAGAUGAUAUAUCCGGUAACCAUGACAACGAACACACCCCAAGCGAUGCUGAGAAGGAAACAAAACCAAAAUGCUACGAGUCUGUCUGCUGACGCGAAUACAACCGGCUCAAUCUUAUCACCGCUGACACAAGCGAACGCAGUUCUAGCACUGCUGACCAAAAUGGUUAACUUUGGAGUCAGUCCUACCCAGCUGUACAGCGGGCUCUGACACUGCUGAUGCAAAUACGGUUGGCUCAUUCCUUACACUGCUGACACGAAUACGGUGGGCUCAGUAGUCACACCGCAGACACUAAUACGUCGGGCUCAGUUCUUGCUCUGCUGUUACAAAUGCGGUGGCUCAGUACUUGCACUGCUGACACGAAUACGGUGGGCUUAGUUGUCACACCGCAGACACGAAUACGGUGGGUUCUGUAGUCAUACUGCUGACACGAAUACGCUGGGCUCAGUAGUCAUACUGCUGACACGAAUACGGUGGGCUCAGUAGUCAUACUGCUGACACGAAUACGGUGGGCUCAGUAGUCACACCGCAGACACGAAUACGGUGGGCUCAGUAGUCACACUGCAGACACGAAUACGGUGGGCUCAGUAGUCACACUGCUGACACUAAUACGGUGGGCUCAGUAGUCACACUGCUGACACGAAUACGGUGGGCUCAGUAGUCACACCGCAGACACGAAUACGUCGGGCACAGUCCUUACACAGCUUACACGAAUGCGGUGGGCUCAGUUCUUGCACUGCUGACACGAAUAAGUCGGGCUCAGUCAUUACACUGCUGACAGAAAUGCGGUGGGCUUAGUUCUAGCAAUAGGCAAUAAGUCUAGCAAUAAGUCAGGCUCAAAAUUUUGACUGCUGACAUGAAUAAAGUGGGCUCAACUCCAACAGAUUCACAGAGCGCUCAGUCUAAUUACUACUGACAAACGAUAUAUGGCACGUGCUGUCCACGUGCUGUAGACAAAUAAUGCAGGGUCAUUCUAGACUGCCAUAACAAAAACAUAAAAACAAAAAUCAGACCCAGAUCCGUGAACCACUAAUACAGCAGGCUCUAUCUUAUAACUGCCCGAGACAAAUAUUGUGGGCUCAGUCCAGACAAUGCCUGCAAGAAAUAGUAACCAAGUACCAACAACCGCUGGUCAGAUAUACUCUCUUUAAGCACCACUGAUAUGAUAUAUUCUAAGUGCUGUUAGAAGCACCAAGAUGACAUUCACAAUGCAGGGCAUCGAUGGUGCUUGGUGAAAACGUAAAUUUAAAAUUCGACAUGAUGAUUAUGAUCAUGAUCAUUGUAUUGAUGGCGGUGAUAACCUAUGUUAUGGUUAUGACAUUCAGGAUGAUGAUAACGUAUGGAAAUUGAAUAGAAAAUAUGGAAUGGUAAUGACAUCAUAAUUAUGACAUUGAUGACAAUAUUGAUGGUGGUUGAUAAUGGCGAUGUAUCUGUUGAUGCUGAUGAUGCGUGUAUCCAUCCUAUAUACCUAUAUUGGGUGGCAUGUGCAUUCCAAUAGAUAGUUCUAUAUACAGAGUUCUCAAAACAAAAUGGAACCUCAAUCGAGAUUUCUCCUUCUUGUGUUAAUGAAGCUUUCCUGAGUGUGAGCUCGGGAAAGCUUCCUGAGCGAAUCCGGAGAAAAUUUGUGUGUGAACCCGGAAAGACUCGUGUGUGCAAUCAAAUAUGCUCUUGUGAAAGGAGAGGACUCCUCUUUCCGAUAACCGCAGAUGGUGUCAUAGGGAUAAAGGCAUUUGCUCUAUAGCUGACAAAUGGCAAAUGCCCCUCAAACCCUAGAUAAGCUGGGUAAAAGAAACCAAGCCAUAAUCCCUUGAACGUUAUAGCGUUCUGGCAAAUAAACUUUAUAGUUUAAUUCAAACUGACCAACUUCCUGCAGUUAGUAAAUAACAGAGUAGAUGGAAAAUAACCGAGGCAAGGAAAGAUUACAAAAUAUUUUUCAUAAAUGUCCCAGCCUCUCCAUUUGCGGUGCGAGUGUUAAUCACUUCGCGCAUGCUCAGUCACGGCGUUAGAUGGCGCGAAAUAAUCUUGCAGGCGCAAGCAAGAUUUUAUUCCCGCCAUUUUGUUGCUUGUCCUGAACGCAAAUCUUUUAAUGCAUUCAAAUCAAUAUAUUAUGCAUUUGUGUAGAUAGAUAUCAGAAAUUAAAAGAUAUGUAGAUUAUUUUAGAAAUAUGUGCAGAGAAAUACAUAGAAAAGAAGAUACAUAAUAAAGAAAUAUUUAUUAUAAGCAUUGAGGAACAUAUAGAACACUGUAAAUAUGCAUUAAAUUAUCAUUGGACAAA